GGGGCUGUUAGCUUCCUCACUGUUAUUUCCUCCUGAUCUCUCUCCUUAGAGAAACUGCAGUCUUUAAUGACUUUCUGGUGGCUGGUAGCCUUCUUUUAUUUCUGCUAAAUGUAUGAAAAUGUAUGCAAAUUUAAAUCAAGCUUAACCUGGGAGCUCUUGCAAUAUAUUUAAUGGAAUUUCAAACCAAUAAGGGGACUCCAAUGCAGUCUUCUAAUGGCAAAUAUAAUUACGCAGCUAGGUAACCUCUGAAAUAUGCAGAGACGUAUUUCUUUUUUCUUUUUUUUUUCAACUCGGUGAAAACCUGUCGAGAUUCUUAAAGACCUACGUGCAAGAUUUCUCAGUGUUUUCAUGAACCACAGACAAUAUUUUAGGAGCAAACUGGGAAUAGAGCUCUCGUUUUUUCAACAUUCUAGGAAUAAAAUAUAUUGAAAUGUUUUAUGCAGCUAUGAAAAAUCUUUGCCAUUUAUUAAUGAAGCCGUUUGUAGACAUAUUUCCUAUAUAUUGUGUAUAUAAUCAUUUACAUAUAGUGUAAAUUGUAAAUUAACCGAAUAAUAAAAAAAAAGUAAAACAAACAACUGCGCUUCUAGAACCUUUUUCUACAGUAAGUUUUCUAAAGAAAUACAUUGAUAAUAGACAAUCACUUUCUUAAAUGAAGAAUGACAGAUACAAGUUUAUGUUAGUUAAAUGUAUGCGAGGAUAAAAACGGGAUAAUGACAGCACCUAUAAAAGAGUGGUUUAUCUACAGUAAAUAUGAUGUGCAUAUUAGGCAAGAUCUCUGCGCUACAAAAUCAGCAAAUGAGUGGAUUCACUUCCUGUUUUGUGUCGUUUUACUUCACAAACGCUCGGGUAUCGUUGGGAUUUAAGAGGCCUCCCACUUAACCAGUGGCUGUGACACACCAGCGAGGCGGUGAGCCUCGUUUCGAUUGGCCGUCGCGGCUGCCAGUCAUUUCGCAGUCUGCCGCUUUGGCUUCAGAGUCUAGGAGAUGUCAAAGGCUGAAGCUGCUCCCUUAGCCACAUUAUAACUAGUAGGGGGGAUCUCUAGUAAGCAAUGGCCACAGCUGCUUCGAAUCCCUACAGCAUUCUUAGCUCGACUUCCAUGGUCCACCCGGACGCCUCGGUCAUGCAACACGGGGGGAGCCCUUUCCGAAACCACCAGAAACUGCUCCAAAGCGACUACCUGCAGGGUGUGCAGAGCAAUGGACACCCGAUCGGGCACCAGUGGGUGAGCAGCUUAGCCGAGGGCAACCCAUGGUCAGCGGCACUCGAGCAGCAGGACGUAAAGCCGGGACGGGAAGACCUUCAGCUCGGGGCGAUCAUCCAUCACCGUUCGACGGCGCAUGUGGCGCACCACUCGCCCCACACGAAUCAUCAUGCGGGCGCAUGGGGCACGCCCGCGUCUCACAACUCGUCAUCUAUCAACCUGUACUCGCAAACGGGUUUCUCUGUUAACGGCAUGCACGGCGGUUUAACGCCGCCGCCGCCGCCACCGAGCUCCGCUCCGAACCAGAGUGUCCAUCCUGGACUACGCGAAACGCCUGAGCCUGGCGAGCUGGGGACACACCACUGCCACGACCACUCGGAUGAGGAGACGCCGACGUCCGACGAGCUCGAGCAGUUCGCCAAACAGUUCAAACAGCGCCGGAUCAAACUGGGCUUCACGCAGGCCGACGUCGGGUUGGCACUCGGCACGCUUUACGGCAACGUGUUCUCGCAGACCACGAUCUGUCGCUUUGAGGCUUUGCAGCUCAGCUUUAAAAACAUGUGCAAGCUCAAACCGCUGCUGAACAAGUGGCUCGAGGAGGCCGACUCGUCCACGGGCAGCCCGAGUAGCAUCGAUAAGAUCGCCGCGCAGGGCAGAAAGCGCAAGAAACGGACGUCGAUCGAGGUGAGCGUCAAAGGCGUGCUCGAAACCCACUUCUUGAAGUGCCCCAAACCAGCGGCGCAGGAGAUCUUGUCUCUGGCGGACAGCCUGCAGCUGGAAAAGGAGGUGGUGCGCGUUUGGUUUUGCAAUCGACGGCAGAAAGAAAAGCGUAUGACGCCGCCGGGAGAGCAGCAAGGACACGAGGUUUACUCUCACACCGUGAACGCGGACAGCUCGUCCUGCCGUGAUCUCUGACCAAGAGCGCACUCGCAAAACGGAAAUCUUGGCUUUUCAUUUUUUAUUUUUUUACUGCGGCUCCUACUUCUCUUCCCAACUCUCGACCUUUUUUCACUUUCCUACUCCUUUAAUGACAAGGAGCGAAAUGACGCGAGCCCGAAAAACAAUAAAAAUGAGAUGUUGCCCUUCAA